AUGGCCAACCCACUUGAUACAGACAUCGGAUCUGAACUUUUCAGCAGCUAUGAAGCAGAGCUCAAGCUGGUGCAAGCUGAUUUAAAUCAAAAAUUAGACCAAAUCCCGGACUUAGGCGGAGAACCACGCAAAGCGGCCAUAACAUCAGCAGAACGAACCAUCGAUGAGGCCAAUGAAAUACUUGAUCAAAUGCGCCUUGAGAAGCAAAAUAUUCCAUCUUCCAUCAGAACGAAAGUUAAUCAACGCUUCCACCAUCAUGAAUCGGACGUUGAUACUGCGAGAAGAAAACUACGCACCUUAGCAGAUACAAGAUCUGCUCUUUUUGGAAAUCGAUACUCCGAUAAUCCGAACGAUGUGCAAUUAGAACAGCGACAGCAGCUGCUGUCUGGGACAGAUAGACUGGAUCGUAGUUCUCAAAGAUUAAUAGCAAGCCAGGCACUGGCUAGUGAGACUGAAGCCAUUGGAGCUAGUACUCUGGCGGAUUUAUACAGGCAACGUGAAACGAUUCGGCAUACUGGUGAUGUCCUUCUUGAGAGUGAAGGAUACGUUGACAGGAGUGUCAAGACGUUGAGAGGAAUGGCUCGAAGAAUGGCUACGAAUAGAAUUAUAAUGAUCACCAUUAUCACAGUUUUGGUCCUGCUAAUCAUGGCUGUUAUUUGGAGCAAAUUUAAGUAG